GAGGCUGGGCCCUCCUUCGUGUGACUAUGAGUUCAGGCGGAUAUCGCUGAAAUGAGAAUCGCGUUCGUUUUCGAAGGAAGCUCUUCGGAGAAUAUAUUGAACGAGCCGUGAGACUCGGGGAUGCUUUCUGGAACACCAGAGAGGGCUGCGAGGACUUGAGCGCCACCGCGAUGUCCGACAGCUCCACAUCAGGCAUGGAGGUGGAUCUAUCUGAGCAGUCGCUGAAAAGACUUGACAGACGCGAUGGAAUCGGCGUGGAGACCCUGCGUCUAGACAAUAACCAGCUCCAGAAAUUAGAUAACUUGGAUUGUUUCUUGGAUGUGUGGAAACUCAGCGCCGCUCACAAUCAGUUGACGCGGAUGUAUAACAUCUCCAAACUACAUCGCCUCACACACGUCGAUUUGUCACACAACCAGAUAUUGAGCAUUGAAGGCUUGAAAGAUCUCCGCCACCUUCAAUGGCUAUCCUUGGCCGACAACAAACUCAAGUCACUACAGAACAUUCAAUUUAGUAUUUCACUUGUCCACCUCGAUGUGUCGGACAACCAGAUAGCCAAUCUCAUGGAUCUUUCGUCGUUGAGCAAGUUGAAAACCUUACUCCUCAACCGGAAUUCGAUCCAGAGUCUCGAGAGGGCCCCCUUGUAUUUCCCAGCAGCCCUCUCGGUACUCGGUCUGGCCGAGAACAAGAUCGGGGAUCUCACGAUGGUGUCCUUCCUGACCAAGUUGCCGUCCUUGGAAGCGCUGGCUUUUUUCGGGAACCCCUGUUACGUCGAGAAAGAGUUGUUCGAUUACCGUCCGUAUAUCAUCAACUGGUGUCUUGGUCUCCGAGUGCUUGACGAUUACGUGGUCACUCAACGGGAGAGUCUCAAAGCCGAAUGGCUCUACAGCCAAGGCAAGGGCCGCUUCUUCACCAUCGGUCAACAUCAACCUCUGGCUGAGUACCUUCAACAAAUUUGUCCAAAGCAGGAACCGGAUGAUGAACUCGAGGAUCGCAUUUCUCGGGUGUUGGCCAUGCAACGUCAACACAAAGAGCAAUUGUUACAUGAAAUGUCACCGCUGUCAACUAGAAGACCGCGCAGCGCGGUUGGCAGACUCGGCGGAGCCGAAAGAACCUCCGGAGGUAGACAAUGGGGAGAUAAAAUGAGCCAGAGCCUUCUAGAAGAGAGCACAAAUUCAGAAUCUUUCGAGAAGAAAGACGUUUGCACCGAACUCUCCGCCAACAGAAGUUCAGCCGGCUCGAGUCACAGGUCUCGUCGAGACAACAUCAUGACGAGGUCGGUGCCUGAUUUGCCGCCGACCCAUCCUCCAUCGAAUCGCGUCAUCACGACUCCGAGCAACCACGUCAUGAGUUUCACAGAUUGUUGCGUGAGUAUACCUCGGUCCGUAUCUGUGAGUGAUUACAUCGCCCGGCAAGCCGUCACCUGAAGUUCCUCCCCUUUCAGGAGAACGCAAACCAGCGACAACCGAUCUGGAUCGAGUCGUGUCUUUCGUUCAUCGUCUUAUUCCGUGCCCAGGAAAGUGACGAAAACGGCGACGGUACAGCCCCACAGAACCACUGCGCUCUAUAGAAAAGAGAAGGAUAAGGGAGAGAUCGAAAGGCUGAAGGCACGCCGGGAGUUUCUGCAUAAGAGCGCCACCAGGAUUCAGGCGGCAUGGCGAGGUUACAUAACUCGCAAAAGACAAGACAAAGAUAUACAACAUCUGAGGAUGCGACGAGUAGAAGAGCAUCUCAUGCAUUUCGUGCGACGGAUGGAACAGCUCGAAACGACUGUCCAAAGACAAGAAGAGGAGCUCGCCGCCGAGAAGAGCGCCCGGAUAGCAAAUCAGGAAAUGCUCGGCAGGAUGCUCAAUUCCAUGGAUAACAUCGAACGGCACUUACAAACAUUCUGCGCGCCCGGCACUUCCGAAGAAGCUCCAGACGUCCCGUCGACAAAGAAUCAGUUUACCGCUGAGGAGGAUGUAGGAAUGCAGCGAUCAGACACAAUCGAAAGUUUGAGCACCAGGCUCAGCCGCUUGGAGUCCGUCAUAAUGAACCUAAGCGCUAAUUUCUGAUUUCAAUGCUUGGGGCGAGAGAAUCCCAUGACAGUGGAGACGAAGAAGCUAGAAUCCUGCCAAGUCGUCCAUUUCGUUGAUAUCGCACCAGCUUGAAGUCGAUCUAGCGCAUGCUCGAAGAAUUGGUUGACCUGCACGGCGCAUCCUCUUCCAAAACAGUCUCAUGACGACGUGUCGGGCCCGAAACACCCCUAGCUCGCAUUGACUCUUCAACAUUCAGACGCGUUCUCAUCGCAUGGACUCCCCUCCGGAAAACGGAUUGAAAGACUCGACGGUGGUCGACUACUAUUCCGUCUAUUGAUGCUCGUGACUCAUCAGCUAGAAAAGACAAUAUUUGAACUGAUCGCAUAUAAUACGACGUC